AUGUACGUCUUACUCGAGGCGUGCGAGACUUUCUCCGACAAGAUCAUCGGCUCCGGUGUUACCGUAGCGAUGGACAACUUCUUCACGGGAGCCGCCCUUCUGCGAUGCCUCGCUACGCGCGACAUUUUCGCCGUCGGGACUCUUACGCGGCAACCGCACGGGGUGGAUCUCGCCAACUACAUCUGGUCGAAGGAGGGCAUGAAGGCGACGGAGCGUGGGCAGAUGCUGACGGCCCGCUCGGACGAGCUCGUGAUCGUCAAGAAGAUCGACUCCCAGGAGUGUACGGCGGCGUUGGAGGCAGCGACCCAAGACGGAGGAGUCGGUGACGCCGGGGAGGCCGGGGAGGCCGGGGAGGGAGGAGCAGCCGCGGACAGUUGCGAUCUCACGGUGGCAGAGCUUCGCGAGUUUCAAUCCCUCAAGAAGGCCAUGAAGGUGGAGCGUGUUGACUGGGACCGUAGGCUCGCGAAUCACCUCAUGUCCUUGUGCAGUGUAGGUCACACCGAGACGGGGGCAAGACGCGCGACAAAAGCUGUUGAGACCUACAGCGUGAAGGACGCAAAGUCAUCCCUUGUAUGUUAUGGGGGGAUUUGCGAGAAGACCGCAAAGGCCAGCCGGUACACGGGGAGUAGGACUCGGGGUGUAUGCUGGUGUGAUGCUUGCACGGAUGGGUUGGGGAAGGACCGGGCGUUGAUCCUGUGCACGAUGUGCCACAGAGUACCAGCAGCGCAUGUUACCGCUAGAAAACAUGCCGCCGAGAGAAAGUACAAGCCCAACUCUUGGUCGGAGGUGACAGCUAUGUAAUUUGUUGUUGAUUGAUUGUGAUGUUGACAUGUGCAAAAAUAGUACCGGCAAGUGAUCAUGUCGCCGCCGCCAGAAAACUAUCGGGGUGUGUAUGUGCUCCUAGUUGUGCAUGUCGCAGUCGUGGG